AUGCCGAACGAAACUCAUCACACGCUUCCUCUUCCCGGUGGGGUUGCGACUUUGAACGAUCACAGGAAUACGAACGGUUCGACUAGAAGGAAUUCCCAUGGCUUUAACGGUGGGCAGUCUAGACCUGGAGUUGCCUCCAGGACUAGUACCGCACCUCUGACAAAUGCUGCAGAUGCACGCGAUGAGUAUGUGUCUCUUACCAUACAGAGUUUAAUCCGCUCUGCUGAAGCAGUAGACCAUCUAGAUGAUGAUUCUCUCUAUGCUGUAUGCAAGAGGGCAGUUCAACAUGGCCGUCCUCGCUCCCAUGCUCACGCUGUUGCCUCUAUGACGCGAUCCAGAUCAACUCGAGCACGGCUUUCCUACGAGGAACUCCAUCAUUUAAUGGCUGCCACCAUUUCUGGCGUCGAAUUAUGUGACUUCAUCCCGGGACCGGUUACUACUAGUAGCGGCAAUAGUACUCCGAGUAGUACUACUAGUCGUAGUAGAAGAGCUCAGAAGGUACUUGUCAAUUUCUGCCCUAUGCCUAAGAUGCAUUAUUUCUACAACGCUCUUACACUGCCAGAGAUAUCGCAGAACUACUACGACGAUAUUUACCUCCGACCGAACGCUUGUCUGUCGAACUCUCAUACGGACUCCUCCCUGACUCAUCAUCAACAUCAUCAGCAUCGUCAUCGGGACGUGAGCAGUAGUAGUAAUGAUAAUGACUGCUGUACUAGUACUACUACGGGUAGCAGUACUACGGGUGGGAGGAGGCUAACUACAGUCAAAGGACUUGAAGGAGUUACUCCAUCCCCAUCUGCUACUCUACCCGACACGAACACUGUACAGGAGGUGGCUCCUUCCUCUACUACUUCAACACCGGACGCUAUAAUAAGUCGUGAAGGAGCAGUAGAGAAGAGUAGUGGCAGUCCCCGAUCGACCGCUACGGCUCCUACUGCUGGUAGUAGCAGUACCCAAGCCGNNNNUACGAUUUGGUCAUCUCUACCUACCCCUCCUAGCCCUGGACUAUAA